AUGUAUUCGCAACAUGAUAUCUAUGAUAACUAUGAUAUUAAUCAUAACAAUUUAUCUCAAACACCUACGCCACCCUUAUCAGCUCCUACUUCUCCAAAUGAUGACUUUACAAUAAGACAAAAAGCAGUCUUUGAGGACGUCCUUUCGCUUAAAAAUUCUCCUUUCAACACUCUGAACCAUUUCUCCCUUCGCACACCUGAUCAAACACGUCAAUUUUCUCCAAAUAACAAUCUAAACUUUGAUCAUAAUCAACAAACAGAUUAUUUUCUUUCACAACCGAAACUUUCAAGCAAUUCGUUAUUGCAUGAACCUCUUCAAGAAUUCGCUUGGUGUGUAGAACGAAAUCAAUCCAGCACGAAAUCUAUUGUUUACAAGCAACCAUACAACAUGAUUAGCACAAAUGGUGAUCCAAUAAAAACUAGCACAGACGAUAAAAAACUUUCCACAUGCUUCAACAAUCAUGAGAUUGCACCAAACAUAAAAGUGGAAGAUUCGUCUUGUUUAAUGAAAAUAAAUUAUCUACUGAAUUCACCAAUCGAUUCGCCUAGCUCUUCGACGUUUCGUUUGCUACAUUCCCCUUCAAGUGUGCAGAAGACAAAAAUUUCUAAAAUUAAACGUUUCGAUAAACCUGUUUCGGAAAGAAAACGAAAGAGCAAUAGCUUGGCUAGAGUGAUGCAGGAUCGUGGACUUUUAGAAUCCACUUUAAAUAUUACUUCAACAACCUUCACUGAAACAAAAUCGGUUCUCUUCCCGAAUUCGCCUAUAAUGGAGAUCGGGGAACUCAAGAAAAACAUUGAAGAUUUAAAUAUCGACAUGUCAUCGUUAGAUAAUGCAAACAUAAACAUCAAAUGGAAGGGACAACCUCUCAACAUUCACCAUUUAACGCAUUAUCCUUGGUUGCAUCCAAAAGAAGCCCAUGUAACUUCCAUAUUACGCCUGACACCCGUACAAUAUUUAACUUCAAAAUAUAUUUUAAUUUCUUCCGCGAGACGUUACGUUGAAAAGAAUUUACCAUUCCGUAAGAGCGACGCACAAAAAUUAUUAAGAAUAGACGUGAAUAAAGCAAGUAAACUUUGGGAAUUUUUUCAGCAAAUUAAAUGGAUCUAA